AUGGGACGAGACAGACCACAUGAUGAGGUAGCCGGCCCCGACGACGGCCCUCAGCCGCCAUUUCCUUUGCGACUCAAUGGCAAGGUCAUCAAGGGAUUCGGUCGAGGGAGCGCAGAUGUGAGUUUCCUCCCCUCGUCGUGCCCCCCUCGCCUUGAAUCCCACAGCACAACACUUCAUCCUCAAUUCCAUCAACGGUGCAUAUGGCACGACAUGCCAGGGAGAGCGCGCCCGGAGUAGUCGGACGCCGUCAUAUGGUGCUCUUUGCGCAACCGCGCAAGGGCGCUGGCAGGUCAUGAUAGCCGCUUCGAGGCACCCGGCCGCUGACAGUGAUGGACGAGGCGAUCCGCCAACGCGUCUGUCACGUUGGUCCCACUGUCACGCUGGUCCCACGACUGCCGCAUGAGGAUGUCCUCAAUCUUCCAAGGGCAUUGUCCCCUCCUGUCAUGACCCUCCCACUCCUGGCUGUCAGCAUGCCAUAUGCACGGCACAGCAUGUCAGUUCCACGUUUCCCCCUUCCCUCGCUCAUUGGCAUGGCAUGGCAAUUGUGUGACUGACGGUCGUCUCUUCUCUACCCAACAGCUCGGUAUCCCGACGGCCAACAUCCCUCUUUCCGGCCUAUCCGUCGGCGGACACGAAGACGUCGAAUCCGGCGUCUACUACGGCUGGGCCGGCCUUUCGCCCUCCACGGCCACCGGGCAGCAUCCGCCUGGUACCGAAUCGAAGUACAAGCACAUGGCCUCCAAAGUCUUGGAAGGGCUGAAUGCGGUGCUCAUCGGGGGUGGUGGAGAUGGUAGUGAAGAGCGGCGGAGCAGCUUUACCAAGGACAGUGGCGCCGUAUACCCCAUGGUCAUGUCGAUAGGCUGGAAUCCUUACUAUAAGAACACGGUCCGCAGUGUGGAGGUGCAUAUCAUGCAUCACUUUGGGACGGACUUUUAUGACAGUCAUAUGAACUUGUUGAUUUUGGGGUUUAUCCGGCCGGAGCUGGACUACACGACGAAAGAGGCUUUGAUUGAGGAUAUCAAGACGGAUAUCACAGUCGCUGGACGGAGUUUGAGCAGGAAGGCUUAUGCCAAGUACUCAAAGGAUCCGUAUCUGUUGGACUUUGAGGAUAAGACUGAGACUGCCAGCUAG